AUGGAAGGCGAUACGAUAACUACGAACACUUUUAUAUCAUCGAUAAAAAACUUCAAUAGCGACGGUAAACAACACGGUAUAAAAGCUCUUUUGAAAAACUUCAUACUACCAGAACCGGAAAUGGCUAUAAAAGAGAACAAAAAUGAUGACAACAAAUAUAUUUACACUAUACCUGCUAAACCACCUCUGCCAACGAUGAUGGAACGAAUGAAGUCUAUACAAGACGCUAAACAGGCUUUUCUAAAUUCAACUGUAAGUCCUGACGUUGAACCACCUAGUCAUAAAUCGAAAAUAGACAACCAUUCAAUACAUUAUGCUCAACUCACCAUAAUAAAAGAUAGUGAAGACACCAGGAGCACUGGUGGAGGGACACAUACCACCUCCGUGCCGUCUUUAGAUACAAAACAUAAAGACCAUAAUAACACUAUUGAUACAUCUCCAAAUAUUAGAAAAAAAUAUGAUCAGUAUAACAGAAAAGUUAGCUUUAAAAUUAAAAAUGCAUCAACUUCUCAUAAACGACCUCCUCUAGCCAAAACAGUGACGAUACCCAGCAGUAAAGUUGCCGAGCUAACAAAAAAAUUCAAUAAUUUACAAACAGACACUCACGACGAAUCACCCAAACAAUCAAAACUUGUGAAAACAUUAGACGAUUUACAGUCAGCUUCUCGAUGCUCUCCUAGUAAUAGUUCAACUCCCUCAUCUACCCUAAGUUCCAGCCCAAAUAUAAAAAUAGUACUAAGACACCGACGGGGUUCAAAAAAACGUAGCAAUAAAGAACGAUGUUCUAGCAUGGAUUCAAUAGAUAAUCUACUAAUUGCUGACCGUUCAAAUAAAAUUCGUGUAAUCCGUUCUAAAUCAGAUGGAACUAAAAUACCAAAAGCAACAAAGAAACGAUUAAAAUAUCAAGAUUUAAGUGAAGAACCGAGUGGAUCAGAUACUGUUGAUGGCAGUCCAGUGAAGGUAAAAGAUCCUGAAUCCAAUAAAGAUAAGAAAACAACAGAAAGCAUCGUAGUUAAAAAUGUCAUUAAAAAGUUUGAAUGUGAAAUUAUCGCACAGUCUACAUCAAAUAACACACUUAAAAAACAACCAGAUAAAUCCAAAAGUACAAUGCCUAUGAAAGAAAAACCAAAAGUACCUGAAAAGAAAUCGUCAUUAGUAUUAACUAAAAAUCUUGUUGUAAAAGACGGCAUUCCUAAAAUUAAAACAAUAAAACCAGUUUCUGAUGAAUCUGUGAAAGUUGUAAGUCCAAAAGAUCCAAGUACGGAACCAAUAAAAAAGAAAGACCUCAUAUAUGACAAGAAAAAAUAUAGAACAAAUUACAUUCAUUCUGAAAAGUUACCUUUAAAAGUAGUUGAAAUCAUUCCUGAAGAUAUCCAGGAGACUAAUGAACCUGUUGGUGAUACGCAAAUAACGCCAGACAUAAGCAUUAAUACCUCUUCAAAUUCCCAAGAAGAAGUUAAAGACUAUCAAAACAUCAGUUCACCAAUAACCCCAAAUGAAUCAUUUUUGUGGCGUAGAAAAAGUAGUUCUCAAAUUUAUUCAGACUCUGAGAAAUCUACAUCUGACAGUGUAUAUAAUUUUGUCAAUGUAACUAUGAAUGGUAGUAUAAUCAACUGUUCUGAUGAACCAUCCUUAAUCUCAGUAAAAGAGGAAUCUCCUCAAACGUAUGAAUCUCAAGUUACAAUUUCAAUCGGUAACCAUAAUACUGAGGAAAAUAUGGACUUUGAAACUAAUCUGGUUGAAGCUUGCAACAAAGAAAUUAUUGUCGGUUACACGUCUAAACCAGCGAAAGAAGAGGAUGAAGAUUAUUAUGAACCAUUAGAACCUAAAGAUGAAGAAAAUGUAGUUGUGAUACCUGUCAAAGGUCCAGAGGUGGAUACGUCUACACUGAGGUUACCUAAGAAGAAUUGUCCGUUACCAGAAAUCCCUAAAGAUAGCAUUGAGGAUAAAAAAGAACUUGAAGAUAAAGACAAUAUAUAUCAAUGCUUACUGGAAAUGAGAUCACAUCCUGAAGGAGAUGAAAGCAGUCUUCACAACUACGAAUUGUGUGAAAAUAGUAUGGAGGAGAGAACUCGCGGGGACGGUGACAGCGAUGAUGGCUAUGAAUAUUGCAAGUCUCCUAUCAAACCUUACUGCCACACUUCUAGCUCCGGCAUACAAAUCGCAGAGGAUUACCGUCCAUACUGUAAAAAUAAUAAUAAUAAAAAUUACGCUAUAUCUAAAUCAGUAAGUGGCACAUCUACUGUUAGCUAUGAAAAAAUUGGUUCAGAAAGAAUAUACGAAAAAAUACCAGCACACCAGUCUAAAUCCAAAGAUAGCAGCCCAACCUACAGCGGUAGACAUUCUUUCACAUCGGAUUACACCGGUUAUAAUGACAAUGAAAAUAUUUAUGACACAAUCAAACAUGUAGAUGGUGCUUCAUUAUCGCAUUGCUACGAAAGUAUCCCAAACAGUCCAAGUAUGGUGAAAAUGAGGAACAAUUUAAAGAAACAAGUCCUAUCAAAUGUCCAAAAGCGUCUUUCGUUCGAUACAAUGUCCAACAUUAGCCAAUCCACGAUGUCUAGCGAGCAGAUGACAAACAGUUUGUACGGGCAGAGGUCGGUGAUUAGCUACAAUGGACAAGAGAUCGCCUUCCAGGUACCGAGUAGUGAAACAAGUGUAAGUGACAGAAGCGAUCGAAGUGAUGAUUGGGUUGAUGUAUCCGAUGAGGAAAAGAAUGAACACAAAAUUAUCAUUGUCCGAGAAAGAAGUCGUGGCAGAAAGAGUCCCGUUAGCUGGUCACAGAAAGUUCGCCACCAAUGGCAAAAGUCACCAAGACCAAACAGCAACGAUAAAGUUGGCACAAAGAGUUGUCGCGUAGGAGAGGGACGGGUUGAACGCGCGCACGAGUCAGCCCUGCGCCCGCGCAACCGAGCGGACGCGUCCACGUCUCGCCGCGAGCUCAAUACCCCGCGACAGUGA